CCAAUCCCAUCACCGAACGCGUCACAUAAUUACCAUAAUUUACAGUGACCGCCAAUGAGCUGGGGGUAGGCGUGGCGGGGGUUUCACGCGCCGCUGCUAGAACUGCUUUGGAGUAGGAUUCAGUGUUCCUCGGUGGAGGAGAAUGGCGGCGGCGGCGGCUGUAGCUGCUGCUGCUGCAUGCAGUCCGCCGGUCGCUUGUCCGAUCAACCCGCACGGUGAAGCGCAUUCGCGCAAAAGCAAAGACGCUCGCAAGAGACGGGCGGCCCUAUUAUUUCUCACGAACAUUUCCCUGGACGGGCGUCCGGUGGUUCACAUAAACAACGCGGCGGAGUUUGAGGGCGCAGAGGUGGGUUCGGCGGUAAACGAGCUGGGCGCCUUCUCUAACCUGUCUGCAGCGAGUGCACUGCUGGGGAUCAGCGUGCCUCCUAUACUCGUGCUGCCCUCAGACUCGGAGUACGAACAUGCCGCGGGCACUGAGCCGUUUCCGGGCUCGUUUUCCUCCUCGCAGGGGAACCUGCUGUCUCCCUGCAGCCUCCAGCCAAGUCCAGUCGGAGCGCGAAAGUCCCCGACACUGCUGUCCGUCCAGAGCUGCGCUUCAUCUCUGGAUUCUAGGCAAAGGACACGCAACCUGUCAGGUUCUCACUGGCCCCGCCCCUUAAAGAAAGUUCACUUCAUUAAGAACAUGAGACAGUAUGACACCAGAGGCAGCAGGAUUGUGCUGAUCUGUGCCAGAAGAUCACUGUGUGCUGCAUUUUCGGUGCUGCCAUAUGGAGAAAGCUUCUACAUAAGUGACCCGGCCCUAAGCACCCCUAGGCGGAGACACUCAUCUGGGGGCAUUUCCACCACACUAGAUAUGCUCCCUGGCCUGGAGGGAGUGGAGCUUGGCAUCUACGGCAGGACUGUGUCUUAUGCCCGGUUUCUGUACCCCACUAAUGCACUGGUUCGUGAAAAGCCACCGGAGAUCGCUCUGCAGAUGCCUCACCCCAGAAACAGCAUCCCAUGCAGCAGCUGCCCUCCAUCCCGUCUCAACAGCACUGUAGGCUUUGACUUGGGUCUGGAUGACACAGAAUAUGAUCCCAACCUGCUAAGUGACCCGCAGUGGCCUUGUGGAAAGCACAAGAGAGUUCUGAUCUUUGCCUCUUAUAUGACUACGGUAAUAGAGUAUGUCAAGCCAUCAGAUUUGAAAAAAGACAUGAAUGAGACCUUUAAAGAGAAAUUUCCUCACAUCAAGCUCACCCUCAGUAAGAUCAGAAGUUUGAAGCGAGAAAUGCGUGCUGUAGGGGAAGAGUGUUUUCUGCAGCCAGUCACCAUCGCCAUGGCGUUUGCGUACUUUGAGAAGCUCGUCCUUCAGGGCCGCCUCAACAAGCAGAACAGGAAGCUGGUGGCCACCGCUUGCCUCUUGCUGGCCGCAAAAAUCAGCAGUGACUUCAAGAAACAAGAAGUCAAGCAGCUAAUUGAUAAGCUGGAGGAGAGGUUCCGUCUCAGCCGACGCGACCUGAUCGCCUUCGAAUUCACCAUCCUGGUGGCUCUGGAGAUGGCCCUCUACCUUCCUGACAGCAAGGUCAUGCCCCACUACCGCAAGCUGACCCAGAGCCCCUGCUGAACUGCUUGAGUUUAUCAGUGCUUGUUCAUACAGUAUGAGAGCAGAGGAAAAGAAAAGGUUGCCAGUUAAAUGUUAGCAGGUUGCAGUGCUGAUCUAUAUCUACACUAAGCUCAUGGGGGAAGAGAAAGUGGAUCUAUUUAUACUCCACAGGCUCGUACAGAGUCUGUGUCAUUUAUAGUUAGUAUUAACUUCUGUUUUGUGUUUUACUUAAGUCAAAUGGCACUAACGCAAGAUCGAUUAUAUGGCCAUAAUGUUUUAAAGGAAGCUUUUAAAUUAACUCUAAAGACUCAAAUAACAAGGUAGGGCUUUUUCCAGGUUCUGUUUGUGUCUCUGUGUCUGUAUGUCUCUGUCAGUGACUCUGUGUCUGUGACUAUGCGUAUCAGUCCCCAACCAACCCCCCCCCCCCACAAUGUUUUUUUACUUUAAUAUUAAGCAGAACUCUUCUUUCCCACUUACCUGCACAUUGUUUUGUCUCUCCAAACUAUUUGAUUUUCUACAGUAUAGAAAGCUUUUGCUCCUCUGUAUUCUAUGCAUUUUUAGAGCACGGAUUAUAUUAUUGCUAUCACACACCAGUAGCAGUAGUAUGUGAUCAGACUCUGUGCAGUAUUUACUCAUGUUCUGGGUUAUUUCAAGGCCCCAGUUGUCAAAAUGCUCUAUAUUAGAGCUGAUUUGAACUUAAGCGCAUUUCCUGUGCUUCUGCGUUCUGGUAUUUUCUACUUUGAAACUUGACAUUUAAAAAAGAAAUAGUGUGGCCCAGGUUACCCAAUCCCCCCCCACCCCUCAGGUUAUUGGUGCUUUGUUUAUCAUGGUUAGAUAAUAGCUCGAGUGUCACUGUGAACAUUAAUGUGGAUUUAAUGGAGCAGCCAAUACAAAGCCUGCAGUGCUUUCUGUUCCUGUAGGAUACUGAAAAGCACAGAUUAAUAAUUGAGAUUUAUUCUCAGUGACGGCCCUCAUACAUCAUUGAAAUGGUUUCAUUUGGCUUUUUGUCUGAGAAGAAGCACUACACAGAUGCUGUAAAGCAGGGCUGUGAAACAUAGUCUGAUAAUCGUGGUCCAGAUUAAAAUCCAUGGCGGAUAUUACGGGCAAUUUUGAAAAGGAUUUGCUAAUUGUAAAAUUGUCUGGAAUAUCCUUUCAUAACAAAUCAACUCGUGGUCCAUAAUUGAAAUGUAUGUUUAAAAAGUCUCUGUUAAUCCAGCAGGGGGCAGAAUGUAGUAAAAAAAAACAUUUAGUUAAUUAGCAAACCACAUCUGUUUUGACAGGAACUCCCCAGCAGCAGGGAGCAGCAGGGAGUGAAUAUUAUUGCAGUUAUAUAUAUAUAUAUAUAUAUAUUUUUUUUUUUAUUAUUAUUAUUAUUAUUUUUACAAAAGACUAAACAAAAACAGGGGCCAAGCCUAAAAGUCAAUGGUCAGAAAUCUAGCAAGAAUUAAACAAAUGGAUUCCACUCAGUGUUUCAGAGCUACAUUUUAUGUCAAACAUUUGAAUCAUUACUAUGAUUUUACUUUGGUGUAUAAGUAAAUUUUCAUGGUUUUUGCUUUCCCUCCCAAAAAAAGUACACUUUUGCAAAAGUAAACGAGCAAAAGGUGGCACGUGAGCUCUCGAGAGUGCAUUUGUUUAAUUCUUGCUCUUUUUCUGACCAAUUAUUUAUUGGAAGAGCUUUUAAAUCGUAAUAUUAUAAUGGACCCAGUAAUAUAUCUAUUGUGUUGUGUAAAAUCAUUAUUUAUAUGAUGUAUAAUCCCAGGUCAAGAGUGAUAAAUAUUUAUGCAGUCUUUGUGAUUUAUAUGGUAAAAGCAAUAUUUUAAGAAAAAUGUCUUAUUAUGGUAAAGAAUCACAGGUUGUUUAUUUGUGGGUGAUGCACUACGUGGAUAAAUAUUUUGCGACACCUGACCAAAAGAUUGUGCUUUUUUGAACAUCCCUUUCCGUACUUGGUUCCUGUUAUCUUCUGGGAAGAUGUUCCAGUAGAUUGUGUAGUUUGGCUCAUUUAGCCAUAAGGACAUUAGUAAAGUCAGGUACUGAUAUACAGUAGGGUGAGGAGGACUGGGGGUCCGUGUUUCAUUAGGGUUAGAGCCCUUGAUGGCAGGCCACUUAAGAUUUUCCACUAUAUCCAUUUUAUCCUCGCCAACUUUGUGGUAACAGUUUGGGGGAAAAGCCACAUAUGGCUGAAAGAGUCAGGUGUCCCAAUACUUUUGUCCAUGUAGUGUAUAUGUUUGUACCCUUUUCAGAUGAUCGAUGUGUUCGAUGGAGAUGGUGAUGUGUCCUACUAAACCGUUUUGGGGUUUUUUUUUUAUGGGAGGUUAGUAUCAUUUCCGUUAUAGCUGAAACCUCUGACACCUUAAAAUGUGGGUCAGCCAGCAGUUAUGUUGAUUAUCUUUACAGCCACUCCACUUAACAGCUCGAAAGUAGUUCGUGAAAAUAUUUCAAUCCUGAGUCUACUUUUCAAGAGUAAACCUGCAAACUGACAUGAUCUCUUUUUGUCCAAACUGCACGACGUUGUAAUCUUUUUUUGUGUUUACUUUGUUUUAAUAACUGCAGCAUGCUAGCCCCAUUAAUAAUCCUCCAGCAGUGUUGAAUAAAACUUCAAACAUAUCAGAUGAUCGCAGUAAACUAGAAUCGCACUAAGAUAAAAAUCUAGAACACUGUGUUCAUACCAAGUCUUCCUUCCUUCAUGCAUUCAUACUCAUGUGUUGCGUGUUUUAUAUCUUGACGAUGUUGUCUGCUGCUUGUAGAGAUACUUCACUGUUUAGAGAUGAGAAAUGCAGACUUUUGCACUUUUAUCUAAGCUGUGUGUGUGUGUGUGUGUGUGUGUGUGUGUGUGUGUGUGUGUGUGUGUGUUUGCUACUUUGCUUUGAGUAAAUUGAGUCUAUUGUAAAUGUAUAAAACAUUGGAGCUGAUGCCACCGAAGCAAUUCCUCACUGCAGUGUAAAGCGACUGAUAUGCAAUAUUUUUUAACUGUAUUUACUGAUGCGCGUCAUUAAAAAUGCCAUCUUUUGUUAAACACUGGCAUCUAUCAGUUUAAAACAAAUUAUUUUAUAGAAGAUUUUUGUUUUAAUGUCAGAUGUCGAGAUGCAGCAUUUAUUUCCUGUUAAGUACGCUGAUGGUUUUUAUUUCCUCUGAAUUUUAAAACCAAGCAUUUGUAUUCUUGGUGUGUUGACUGAUAACUUGGACAUCCAAGACUUAGUGUAAGUGCCUGAGUGAAUGAUUUAUUAUUUGUAAAUGACAGUCUGAAUGCCAAACCUCAAUAGGGAUUAUCUGUAAAAUAUUUCACUGUGAUUUUUUUAAUUUUAUUUUAUUUAGUCUUCAGCUUUCAAGCAACACAGCACUAAAGACAGAUUUGUACUUUUGAUUAUUUACUGUAGUAAAGCACCCUGUUUAAUACCUGUGUCAGAGCAGAGGAAAGGACCAGCAUGAUGUCACAUGGUUAAAGGUGGAGAUUUAGUAAAUAGCAUCAUCCAGUUUUUUAUUGGACUGUUUAGAUAAUAAUUUGCAUUGUCAUUCCCCUUGUAUGAUAAUGUUGUGUGCAAUCUGUAUCUGAGCAAUACUGUGCAUUCUCGAAUCCAUGUAGCAUCCAUUUAAUCAAAUCGAUUUUGAUCCAGCAAUAAAAAAUGAUUAACACAUUUAAAUAAAAAAAAAAGCAUUCAUAUACUAUA